GCUGGGACUUCGAAGAGGAGGCGAGCCGCCACAGAUUGAUUGGUGGUGCACUGCGACGUCGGCACUUUGCGAUUUCGUGGAUGCAUAUUGAAGGAUGCAGCUCCUGAUACCAACCAAGCAAGUCAACAAGGCGACGGGGGCCGUGUGUCCGGCGCACGCCAAGACCAAACUCCUCGCGCGAACCAAGGCCCAAAAAUCCACUGUCAUGCUCGGAGGCCAGCGCACGGCGGAAAAGAUCGUGUCGUCGUACGUUACGUUCAACGGCGACCUCACCCCGCGAGCAAAGCAGCAGCUGAGUGCUUCCGAACUUAUCAAACGCGCCGAAAAACUCGAUUAUUACCUCCAGCUUGCCUAUGGCUACGCCAAACAAAUCGAGGAAAUGGCGCCAAUUGCAACCGUGUCGCUGCCACUCGUCCAACAGUCAUGGGACAGUCGACGUCACCUGCCUCCGUUCCGCACCAGUCCCGAGUUCACAGACAUGCGCUACACUGCCGUGCGGACCCGAGACCCGAUCAAGUUUACCCACGACGGCUACACAUUGCGCGUCAAGGAGUUGGGCAAGGACGUGAAGGUUUUCAUCACGAUCACCAUGUACAACGAGCCCUCGUCCCAACUCGACAGCACUCUCCGAGGACUCGCCAAUGGAAUUGCGUACAUGUGCGAACAGCACGGGUACGACUACUGGCAGCACGUUGUGAUUUCGAUCGUGGCCGACGGACGUAGCAAAAUCAACCCGUCCAUGCUCACGUACUUAGCCAAGCUCGGUCUAUUCGACAAGGCGACACUUGUUCAAAUCUCGAUGGGCAUUGCCGCCGAAGUUCACCUGUUCGAAGCGACGGUGCAAUUGCCUACGGCCACGGACGGGAUGUUUUACCCUCCGAUUCAAGUCAUUUUUGCGUUGAAAGAAAGCAACAACGGCAAGCUACACUCGCACCUGUGGUUCUUCAACGGUUUCUGCGAACAACUCCAACCGAAGUACACGGUCCUCGUCGAUGUCGGCACGAUUCCUGCGGAAACCUCCGUCUACCGCCUCAUUCGAAGCAUGGAACGGAACCCUCAAAUUGGUGGUGUCGCUGGCGAAAUCGCCGUUGACAGGCCGCAGUUUCUUAACCCUGUCAUUGCGGCGCAGCACUUCGAGUACAAAAUCGCCAACAUCAUGGACGCGUCGCUGCAAUCCGUGUUUGGGUUUAUCGGAGUUUUGCCCGGGGCGUUUUCGGCCUACCGCUACGAAGCAAUUCGUGCUAUCGACGGGGAAGGACCGCUGGUCGAGUAUUUUAAGAGCCUCACGUCGUCCAAGAAAGAACUCGGGUUGUUUGUGGGAAACAUGUACUUGGCGGAAGACCGCAUUCUGUGCUUUGAAAUUCUCGCCCGAAAAGAUUGCAAAUGGACGAUGCACUACGUCAAAGACGCGAUUGCGUCGACGGACGUCCCCGAGACACUUGUGGACUUGAUCAAACAGCGGCGGCGCUGGCUCAACGGGUCAUUUUUCGCCGGUCUGUUUGCAAUUUGGAACUUUGGUCGCGUGUGGCGGGACACGUCCCACAGCAUUCCUCGCAAGUGCAUCUUUACGUUGCAAUUCACGUACAUGGCGCUCCUGAACGUCCUCAAUUGGUUCCUACUCAGCAACCUCUUCCUUGCGUUCUACUACAUCUUGUCACUGGCGUUGUUCUACCGUUCGCCAGUCCUGCUCCGCGUGACUUUGACCGUCUACUUUGUUUUGGUCGGGUCCCUCAUCGUGUUUGCUCUCGGCAACAAACCUGGGAGACGCACGGCGGGGUUCUACCGAGCCAGUUCGUACAUCAUGGGCCUCAUUAUGCUCGGGGCCACUGCGAUAUCGCUGUAUGCCUUGACUGGACAAGUGCACUUCAUGGAUAUUCGACCCGAUCUGGUGUCGUGCUCCGUGGCUGACUGGGAGUUGCCCGCCGGGGCCGUGUCCUCGAUCGGCCUCGUAUUCCUCUCGGCCUUUUCGCACGGCGAGUUCAGUAUUUUGGCCAGCACUCUUCAGUACUACUUCAUGCUACCUACCUUUGUCGUACGUCCAUCUCGUGCCUGCUCUCGUUCAAACACUGUUGGUGGGUAGAACAUCUUGGGUAUUUACGCCUACAGCAACCUGCACGACUUGAGUUGGGGCACGAAAGGCAUCGACUCCAGCAGCAAAAUCUCGGGUGGAUUCACUGGCGGAACCAGUAUCAAACAUAUAGUGGCGUUGCAAUUGAACACCGCCAACCUCGACGUGACUAUGGAAGCCGACAAGCACAAACAAUCUGUUGCUGCCGAGCACGAAGACGUGGACAGCAGCUUUCGCGUGUUCCGAUCGGUGCUCCUCCUUACAUGGCUCCUUUCAAACGGCGCGUGGCUGUACGUGGCGACGUCGUCCAUCUCAUGCUCGUGUUACCUCAAGUACCUCUCGUUCACUGUCGCGACCGUCAACAUCAUCCGUUUCUUCGGUGCUCUUGUGUUCCUGCUCUUCCGCAUCACGCGAGGGGCAACCCGAUGCGUCGAAAAACUGUACUAUUUGUCCGCUGGGGAGUGUUUGCCCCGGUUUCGACCCCACAAUGUCUAAGUUAUAAAAACACAAAAAUAAAAGUUGAGUGGGAGGAGUUGGAAUCUCCAUUGCAUGAGUCCUGCA